UGGAUCAAAGCGAUGGCGACCUUCGAUGACCUGCUGGAGGAGGCCGGCACGUUCGGCCGCUGUCAGAAGAGAAUCUUCGCUCUGCUCUGUCUGCUGUCGCUGCCUUUUGCAGGCGUGUACGUGGGCAUCGUGUUCCAGGGCUUCACGCCGGACCACUGGUGUCGGGACGCUGCGGUGGUGGAGAGGAGGCAGGCGUGCGGCUGGAGCCUGGCGGACAGUCGCAGGCUGACGCUGCCGCCGGUCAACAGCUCUGGAGCCGUGCAGCAGAGCAGCUGCGAGCAGUACGAGCUGGACUGGAACAGAACCUCACUCACCUGCGACUCUCAGGAGCUGGACCUCAGUGGAGUCCCUGUGUCCUUGUGCAAGGAUUCGUGGGAGUAUCAGUAUGAAGGGAGGAAGUCCUUCGUCACAGAGUUUGACCUGGUGUGUGAGGACGGGUGGUUGGUGGACAUGUACCAGUCCAGUCUCAACGUGGGCUUCCUCGCCGGCAGCUUCGCUUUUGGAUACUUCGCUGACAGGUUUGGCAGGAAGAUCAGUUUCCUCAUGUCUAACGUCCUGAACGCCAUCGCGGGGCUCCUGCUGGCUGUGGCUCCCAACUACGUCUCUGUCCUGGCGUUCAGGACCGUCUUCGGCUUUGGAGUCAAAGGCGGCUGGAUGACGUCCUACGUGCUGCUGACGGAGAUCGUGGGAGUGGAGCACAGACGGACGGUGGGGAUUCUGUACCAGAUGUUCUUCAGCGUUGGCGUCCUCCUCCUCCCGCUGCUCGCCUACUUCAUCACCGACUGGCGCUGGCUGCAGGCCGUCAUCACUGCACCUUACGUCCUCUUCCUGUCGUACUACUGGUUCAUCCCAGAGUCUCCUCGGUGGCUCGUCUCCCAGAACGAUUCCUCCAAAGCUCUGGAGAUCACUGAGGCCAUGGCCGAGGAGAACAAGAGGAAACUCACCAGGACCUUCGAGACGCUGUCUUGUGAGGAGGGCGACUCCUCCUCCGCCUCGCUGCUGGACCUGAUCAGAACUCCGAACAUGAGGAAACACACCUUCAUCCUCAUGUUCAACUGGUUCACCAGUGCUGUGGUGUAUCAGGGCCUCAUCAUGCGGGUGGGGAUCGCCGGAGGAAACGUCUACAUCGACUUCCUCAUCUCAGGACUGGUGGAGUUCCCCGCCGCCUUCCUCAUCCUCUUCACCAUCGAACGCGUCGGCAGGCGUCUUCCCUUCGCCGCCGCCAACAUCGUCGCCGGAGCCUCCUGCUUCGUCACGGCCUUUAUCCCCGACCACAUGUUCUGGUGGAAGACGGCGGUCGCCUGCGUCGGUCGGCUCGGUAUCACCAUGGCCUUUGAGAUGGUCGUGUUCGUGAACACCGAGCUCUACCCGACGUUCGUCAGGAACCUGGGAGUGUCGGUUUGUUCCACCCUGUGUGACGUUGGCGGCAUCGUGGCUCCGUUCCUGCUCUACAGGCUGGCUGUCAUCUGGCUGGAGCUGCCACUCAUCAUCUUCGGAGCCGUCGCGUUCAUGGCCGGAGGUUUGGUUCUGCUGCUUCCAGAAACCAGAGGAGUUCCUCUGCCGGAGUCCAUCGACGACAUCGAGUUUCCUCACAGAAAAAAGGAGAAUCCUCUGGAGAACCAACAAACAAAGACACUUUUAAAAUCCGACCUGACGAGCAACAAGGAAACAACAAGUGUGUGAUUGUGUGUCCGUGUGUGUGUGUGUACAUUUUGUUGUGCAGCAACAUGUUGACAUGUUGAUAAAAUGUAGGAAGUAUUUUUUUUUUUUAUACAAUUUCUAUAAAGUGUGACUUCCACAU